AGGUUGGAGGGAUUUAGGAGGACAGAGGAGGACGGGGUGGCGAUCCGGAGUUGGCAGGACGGAGGAGGACGGGGUGGCAGCCAUGUUUUCUCUUCUCUCUAUCUUCGGGGUUUUUCUGUUGCUUUGUACUUUGCUCCUCUUUGGCGCGGUGUACGUGGAAUCCCGGAAAGCGGAAUAUCCUCCGGGAAUUGCCUGUUCAGCAGAACUGCGAAGUCUCUACAGAAUUCUGAGUUUCAUGUCAGUCCUGGGCCGCACUCUGGAAACGUUCGGGAUUUCCACGGUCACUCUUUACCACCGUUUGGCCAAAUUUUUUCCGAUGAAGUCAGAAGAUGAUCCCGAGCUCUUCACGAAGGAUCUGGAAUUUGAAGGCGUGCCUGUGAGAGUCUACCAGCCCAGAGAUCCCUCCGCCGGGGACCGGAAAGGAGUCCUCUUCUUCCAUGGCGGAGGCUUCGUGUUCGGAAAUCUUGAUCAAUAUGACAAACUUUGCGGACACAUCUCAAAGAGGGCCGGAGUUGUGCUGGUGUCAGUCGGGUAUCGCCUGGCCCCAGAACACCUGUACCCCGCCGCAUUCCAAGAUUGUCUGACCGCUUCCAUCCACUUCCUGAGGACGGCGCUGGAUUUCGGGGUCAAUCCCUCGUCUGUCAUCACAUGUGGGGACAGCGCGGGUGGAAAUCUCGCGGCUGCGGUAUCACAAGCUCUGGUGACCAGGAAGGAUAUUCCUAGACCUCUCGCCCAGGUGAUGAUCUACCCCGUACUCCAGAUGAUUGACUUCAACUUACCUUCAUACCAACAAAACCGCGCUGUGCCCCUCCUACUGCGAGACCGCGCCCUGUUCUACCUGCUGACCUAUGUAGGAAGAGGGGACCUGUCUGUCUCCAGAGACGUGCUGAACGGCAGCCAUGUCCCUCCAGAUGUGAGGAAGAAGUUCUCCAAGUGGCUGAGUGUGGAUCAUAUCCCGGAGGAGGUCGCGGGGUACAUGAGGCACACGGGGUACACGCCGCACACCAUGGCCGCCUUCGACAAAAAUCUGUAUGAGAAGCUCAAACAAGUCCUUGAAUCUUCGUGUUCUCCUCUGGUGGCUGAUGACGCCGCGCUUCGCCUCUUACCAAAAUCUUAUCUCCUAACAUGUGAGUUCGAUGUUCUCCGUGAUGAGGGGAUCCUCUACAAGAAACGUCUGGAGGACAAUGGGGUGUCCGUCACCUGGCACCAUAUCAAAGAUGGCUUCCAUGGACUCCUCAGCUUCUAUGACCAGUGGGCCUGUGAAUCGGGGAUACGAGCCAUGGACAGCAUUGUUGGCUUCAUAAAAGAUGCCUGAGAUGUGUCCUGAAUGUGACUGGGAACGUCUGUGUGAUGAAGGUUGGAUCACCCAAUAGAAAGGACAUUCCAUCUUCUCUCCAUUCACAUCUACUCUCCAUUCACAUCUACUCUCCAUUCACAUCUACUCUCCAUUCACAUCUACUCUCCAUUCACAUCUACUCUCCAUUCACUUCUACUCUCCAUUCCAUCUUCUCUCCAUUCACUUCUACUCUCCAUUCACUUCUACUCUCCAUUCACUUCUACUCUCCAUUCACUUCUACUCUCCAUUCACAUCUACUCUCCAUUCACUUCUACUCUCCAUUCACAUCUACUCUCCAUUCACAUCUACUCUCCAUUCACAUCUACUCUCCAUUCACUUCUACUCUCCAUUCACAUUCCAUCUUCUCUCCAUUCACUUCUACUCUCCAUUCACUUCUACUCUCCAAUCACAUUCCAUCUUCUCUCCAUUCACUUCUACUCUCCAUUCACUUCUACUCUCCAUUCACUUCUACUCUCCAUUCACAUCUACUCUCCAUUCACAUCUACUCUCCAUUCACUUCUACUCUCCAUUCACUUCUACUCUCCAUUCACUUCUACUCUCCAUUCACUUCCACUCUCCAUUUGUUUCUACUCUCCAUUCACUUCUACUCUCCAUUCCAU